AUGCCGUUGUCAUCUUCAUCAUACGAUUAUUCAGGUCGACGUAGAAAUAGUGAACAGUCAAGUGAAAUUCUACCAGUUUCUGCAGCAGUUACAAAAGCUAUGCCGAUGACUCGAGUUACUGAACACAAUUCAGAUUCUUUGUCGACUAACCCACUUAAAAGUUCAUCAGUAUCCCAUUUUUCAACACAAUAUGAAGAGAAUAGUUCGAAUAAUGAAAAACAUUCUACUAAAAAACAAAUAGAUUCACCAAAAAAAUCCAAUGGAUCCUAUCAAAAACCUUCAGCAUCCACACAUACACAAAGAUCAGAGUCACCUCGUCGUGUUUCAAUACAUUACGAAGGAGGAUUACCACAAAUGAGAGGACGAUCAAAUACGGAUGUUCAAUCAUUUUUAUCUCUUUCAAAUAAUCUUAAAUCACAGCAGUCAAAUAUAAAUGGUUCAGGUAGUGAUAGAGCUAUAAAUCAUUCAUUAGCACAUGGACCAAUACGACCUAAACCUAAAUGUAUACUACCAGCAACAGCCUCCGGUCAACCUGGUUAUGUCACAGCGUCAAAAUUAUUUAAUAUGAUGGGUUAUGGAUUACAAAAUCAGUAUUUAUUUAUGCUUGCGCAUUAUUUAUAUAUCAUUGAUUGUCGAACUAAAGAAAAAUUUGAUGAAAAUCAUAUCAUCACAGCUAUUCAUUGGGAAGAUGCAUUAGAUGGUACUGUCUACAUAUCAUUAGUCGAACGUUUUAGUGAAAUCGUUCUCUAUGAUGAUCACGGUAUCGUCUUCAAUACAACAACAGAAAUGAAUCGUGUUAGUAAUCGUUUUAUAACUUCUGGUUCAAAAUUAUGUUUAGUAUUAAGUGGUGGUUUUCCAGCAUUUCAUGCAUUAUUUCCAUUUCUUUGUACAAAAACGGAUGUACGUUCAAUUGUUGAUCGAGAAAAAUUUCUUACAAUUUAUCCAUCUGUUGUUCUUGAUGAUCAACUUUAUCUUGGCACUGGUCAUCAGGCGACAAAUUGGAAGGUUGUACGUGAUCUUAAAAUAACACAUAUUAUUAAUAUAUCAUUUGAACAUCAAUGUGUAUUUCCAGAUAAAAUAACAUAUUUACAUUUACAAUUAGAAGAUAUGGAAGAUGUUUUACUUAAAGAUCGUUUUGGUGCAACAAUACAAUUUAUGGAAACAGCAUUCGAAAAUUCAUCAAAUCGUAUACUUGUUCAUUGCAAUCUAGGUAUAUCGAGAUCAACAACAGUAACACUUGCUUAUUUAAUGAAAACAUAUAAUGCAACAUUAACGGAAGCAUAUAAAUUUGUACGUCAACGUCGUCCAAUUGUUUGUCCAAAUCUUGGUUUUCUUCGACAAUUAUUUGAAUAUGAAUGUGAACUUUUUGGUCAACAAUAUUCAAAUUUAAAAGAUAAACUGUAUCAAUAA